AUGGAUUUAGACACAGAUGUACCAAUGGAAGACGUUGAAGAACAACAACUUCUGAAAUCAAAACUCUCAGACUCAAAAUCAACCUCCAAUACAACAUCAUCAACUACAAAUAAUAAUGCAUCUGGUUCAAAUCCAUCAAAUCUACAUGAUGAUUUGAGUCUCGGUACCAUCAAUCAAUUGGAUGAAUGGAUCGACAAAUUAAGUAAAUGUGAACCAUUAUCAGAAGCUGAUGUCAAACGAUUAUGUGAUAUGGCUAUAGAAGUAUUACAAUUUGAAGAAAAUGUUCAACCCGUUCACGUUCCAGUCACUAUUUGUGGUGAUGUUCAUGGUCAAUUUCAUGAUUUAAUCGAAUUAUUCAAAAUCGGUGGUCCAUGUCCUGAUACAAAUUAUUUAUUCAUGGGUGAUUAUGUUGAUAGAGGUUAUUAUUCUGUUGAAACAGUUAGUUACCUUGUUUGUAUGAAAGUAAGAUAUCCUAAUAGAAUCACUAUAUUAAGAGGUAAUCAUGAAUCAAGACAAAUUACUCAAGUUUAUGGUUUUUAUGAUGAAUGUUUAAGAAAAUAUGGUUCAGCAACAGUUUGGAAAUUAUUUACUGAUUUAUUUGAUUAUUUCCCUAUAACUGCUUUAGUUGAUAAUAAAGUCUUUUGUUUACAUGGUGGUUUAUCUCCAAUGAUUGAAACUAUUGAUCAAGUAAGAGAAUUAAAUAGAAUACAAGAAGUUCCUCAUGAAGGUCCAAUGUGUGAUUUAUUAUGGUCUGAUCCUGAUGAUAGAGGUGGUUGGGGUAUAAGUCCAAGAGGUGCCGGUUUCACUUUUGGUCAAGAUAUUUCUGAACAAUUCAAUCAUACAAAUGAUUUAAGUCUUAUUGCUAGAGCUCAUCAAUUGGUUAUGGAAGGGUUUAGUUGGUCUCAUCAAGAAUCAGUUGUAACCAUCUUUUCAGCUCCAAAUUAUUGUUAUAGAUGUGGUAAUCAAGCUGCUAUUAUGGAAGUUGAUGAACAACACAAUAGACAAUUCUUACAAUAUGAUCCUUCAGUAAGACCAGGUGAACCAACUGUUACCAGAAAAACUCCCGAUUAUUUCUUAUGA